CCGGGCCGCCGCUGCCUUCCGGGGCUCGGCUCGGUGGCGGCCGUAGCCGGCCAGGAUGCGCUCCGCGGGCUCGCUGCUGCUGCUCGCGGCCUGCCUGCUGCUCUCGCUGCCGGCCGCCUGCGGUAGCCGGGAGCCGCCGGCGGUGGCGGUCAGCCCGGUGAACGGCAGCCGCCUGCCCGCCGAGCCGCACGGCGCGGCCGGCAACCACAGCCGGGCCCAGCUGAGCCCCGUGCCCGCGCUGCUCCGAGACCUCUCCGCGCUGAAGGCCGCCGUCAUCGGGGCCUGCGCGCUCACGGCCGCGCUCAUCGCCUGCCUGCUGCUCCGCGUCUUCAGGUCGGGCAAGAGGAUUAAGAAGACCAGAAAGUAUGAUAUAAUCACCACUCCAGCUGAGCGGGUAGAAAUGGCUCCUCUGAAUGAAGAAGAUGAUGAGGACGAAGACUCAACAGUGUUUGAUGUGAAAUACAGGUAGAGCAGUUCUGUGGAGCAUCGGUGCCCUGCCAGGUGGCAUUCUGUUGAGGGACCUGCUGAAGCCGUAACUGUGAAAGGGGAGGCUCUCAUCUCUGCAGCAUUACAACCAAACCACGCCUCAUCUCCUCGAGGUGCUGUUUAUAUGGCAGGCUACAGAUCUUCUGACCAAAAUGUCACCAUUCGGUUCCCUGGUUUCCAAACCACUAUGUUGGAAUGACUGGAGUUCCUCCUUGCAAACUCAGCUCUCUCUUGCUUUAAGAGGACUGCUGUGUCACUAAAGCACGACAAGAUUGAGCCCUGUGUACUGACUUGCAGCUCAUUAUGGUCUAAAUAAGUUUUGCAGACAAAGGAAGAGGAGGAAGAUUCAAUCAAGCUGCCUCAAGGACCGAUUUUCCCAAUUCAGUACUUUAGUCGCUGUUAAACUUUGCUCACUGUAGAACAGUUCAUACUUUUAAAUAUUGAGAAGGGUAUUUUCUUUCUGGCCUUACAGAAGUGACUUGUGACUUUAGGUGGUAAAAAUUUAAGCCAUGUUGAAAUGCCAUACUAUGUUUAGUAUAGGAUUUUAAGGGGAAAAGGGUGAGAGGCUGACUCAUGCUGAAAGUUUUCUUGACUUGCUACUGAUUUUUUUUUUUUUUUAAACAUAACAGUUGCACUAAGCUUUCAUAAUGACAUUUUCAUUGUCCCUAGGAGCUCUGAUGAGACCAACAACAAAUGAGACCACAGGGAAAUAGGAGGAAUCAGACGUGCCCUAAGCUACAACAAUCUUGGAUUAAAAAAAAGAUAUAUUUUUGUAAUUUUCUGCCCUUCCACAGGGAGUUGAAGUGUUUUGUACUGUUGUGCGUCCUACGCUCACUGUAACUCGUCUACCAAUCAUCUGUAUUACCUUUUUUUUCUAAGCAAAGUAAGUCCUCACAUGGAAUGAUUAGAUUGCAGGAAGACCACCACUUACAUUUCAUGGAAGCCUUGUGUGAGGGAUCUUAAUCUGUAAAAACUGGAAGUUUUCCCUUACCACCUGCUUGGCAAAUCCCAUUAAACACCAAGGAUGCAUUUUGAACCAUUACUCCCUGCUGUGCUUCAUGCUGCAGAGGUCAGAGCUGUGGGAGGACACUAAUAGAAAGAGAUAGCUGCAUCUGGAUGGAUCAGGCUAAGGAAACCACAGGCAUGUACACUUUCCAGGCAGUCAUUAGAAAAGGCAAACCUAACUGGUUUUGUUUCUUCACAUUGUGGUUUUCCUUCAGAGUAACCACAGAUGCAGCUCAGACUUCUCUUUGACAUGCACCCUUGAAUACCUUUGGGUUUUGCAGCUGCCUGGAGAACCUUGCUUUUCUUGGGAACCACGCAUUUUCUGUUUGUCUUAGGAUUGUCCCAGUGUUUGCUUGACUUACUCCUACAGUUACAACCCUUCAAGGAGACUGCAGAGUAUCUGGCAAAGAACCAUCCUUGCAGUGAGUUGCCUCCCCCCCCCCCCC